AUGGCGGGCUCCAUGCACUUAUCGCAACUCCGGAAAUGGUUCCUCGCCUCUCCGCCGAUCGAACUUGCGAUUAACAACUUGAAGGAGCUCCUGGUCGGUGCGCUUCGCCAGGGGCCCAUCCCCCAACAUGUGGCCUUCGUGAUGGAUGGGAACCGUCGCUUUGCCCGAUCGCAUGGGAUUGAAACUGUGGAAGGACAUAAUUUGGGCUUCGAGGCAUUGGCUAGGAUUCUAGAAGUCUGCUAUAAGAGUGGAGUGAGAGUGGUUACCAUAUACGCCUUUAGUAUCGAGAAUUUCAAACGUUCGAAAUUCGAGGUGGAUGCCUUGAUGGACAUGGCCAAGGUGAAGCUGUCCCAGAUGGCCCAGCAUGGAGAUCUAUUGGAUCGAUACGGGGCUAAAGUGCGCGUUCUUGGGCGCCUCGAUCUCCUCAAGCCCGAUGUUCUGGCUGCUGUCAACAGGGCCGUCGAUCUGACUAGUCGCAACGGCGACCGCGUCCUGAACAUUUGUUUCCCCUAUACCUCCCGCGACGAGAUUACCGGCGCAAUUCGCGAAACCGUGGAAGACUACAGUACACCACUCUCAUCGAACGGCACUGCUCGAACCCCUUUCUCCGAAUCCCAUAUCGCACAUAAUAUCCGAGCUCAGACUCUGGGAUCGAAACCACAAGAUUUGCAUAGUGACUCUGAGUCUAGCUCUGCGGGCUCUACGGUGCAUGACGAUGAUUCUGUACUGCGCGGUGAACGACCUCAUCGGGUCUACGAGUCUGGGUCUUCAUUCUCGUCAUCCACAACUCUUCAUCAUCUACAACAGGAUGGUCAACUUAAGAAUGGAAACCAUGGAAAUGCAUCUACCGAUGAGAAGUCGGCGUUCAUGUCUCCCGAAACUAUAUCUCGGCAAACACUGUCUGACCAUAUGUUGACCAAGGGUACGCCACCUUUGGAUAUGCUUGUGCGGACCUCUGCCGUGGAACGAUUGAGCGACUUCAUGCUCUGGCAGUGCCAUGAGAACACAGAAAUCGUGUUCCUCGAUGUCCUAUGGCCAGAGUUUGAUCUAUGGCAUUUCCUUCCCGUACUGCUUGGAUGGCAACGACGAAUUUCCAAGUCGCGACAGAAUCCCGACGCAGAGGGUAAUUUUGCGGGUGAUAGCCCAGAGUCCAGUGAAGAGGACAUUGAUUCCUCGGCUCUGCGACAGGGCAAGUUGAAAGCCAUAUAG